UCGUAGGCGACGCGGCGGCGGCGGACGGAGACCUGGUGGAUGUGACAGCAGGAGCCACAGGAGUUCGUUUCCCGCGUGUUGCUUGAGGACGGCCUUUCGUUCGACGAUUCCUGCAGCGAUCGUUGUGCGUCGGUGGUAUGGAACGAAUAAGACGCCGUCGUCGCGCAUUCGGCGUCUUCAACUAGACACGGCCCGGAUAUCCAAGCAGGGCAUCACCACGGAUCCCCUCCUUCCGUAAUCGUAGGAAUGAUAUGGUCCAACUGCGGCUCGCGCCUUUGUUCUGCGAUGAGAAUGCGGUUGGGCCCCACAGGUGGCGGGUGGGUCCCGCAUCACUUCGGCCUUGAUGUCGGCAUUUGGACGGUUUUGGUUGAGAGGAAUCCACCGACCAGCCUCGACCUCCUCGUCUCGUCUCUUGCCCUCUUUCGCCUCCGAUGGAGAGGAGAGAGAUGGAAAUGGAAAUGGAAAUGGAAGUGGUAAUGGAAAAGAAAGUGGAGCGGCUGCUGAACCGGGUGUCAUUGGUCUUCGCCGCCAUCGCCACCCUCGCCCUCCUCCACCUCUUCUCCCACUCCUCUCUCUCCUGCGCCCCCGCCCCUCUCCCCACCGCCCACCGCGCCCACGGCCGCAGCCAACCCCAGAACCCAAAACCAGCCCGUUCCUCCCCCCGCUCGUCCUGCGACGCCGCCUCCCGUGAGGUCCUCACCCCCGAUAAGCGCUUCGCCAAGCUCCGCUCCUCCCGCUCCUGGCGCCGACGCGCCGACGCCUAUGCCGCCCUCUUCUCUAGCCUUCGCUCCCCCACCCUCCUCUCCAACGCCUCCCACGUCCUCUGUGUCUCCGCCGGCGCCGGCCACGAGGUCGCCGCCCUCCAGGAGUCCGGCGUAUCGGACGUCACCGGCGUCGACCUCGUCGACUUCCCCCCGCUGGUUCGCCGCGCCGACCCGCACAACCUGCCCUUCUUUGAUGACGUCUUCGAUAUCGCCUUCAGCUCUGGCCUAGCCGGAGCGUUGUUCCCCACCCGCUUCGUGGCCGAACUGGAGCGCACCGUCCGCCGGGGCGGGGCCGUCGUCCUUGCCGUGGACCGCCCGUCCUCCGCCCAGGAGGCGGAGGGGAUCAAGGCCUUAUUCAGAAGAUCAAGCCUUUUGGAGGCUAGGAAUACAACCAUGCUUGGAUCUGAAAUGACGCUGUUCAUAAUGAAAAAUAAUGGUAAAAAACGCUCUUGACUUGACGGUGGUUCGCUUUUAUGCAACUGCAUACUCUUUCAUUGAUUUAGAUAUAUUAACGAUGAAAGAGAUUAGAUCUGUAGAUGUUUGUUUCUGUUGUAUAUAAUGCAUGCAAAUCACUAACAUGAGUGAUUUGUUCAUUUGAAAGAGAAAAGAGAAAGCUGCUUUUUAUGCAAAUUAUGCUCAACUAGCUUACAAUUUAUUUAUCAUUCAGAUUCAUUCACAUUGUGUUUUGAAUUAGUUUAACUUAUUUCAAAACCUUGAAGUUGUAACAAGGAUAAAGGCUUGUUGUUCUGUUGUA